AUGGUACCCAUGUACUCGGUUAAUUGGUGCCAUUCGUUGCCGGUAGCAUCCGCACAUAAUAAUAACGAGCAGUCUGAUGUUGAGAUCAUAGAUUCACCAUUCUAUCUAGCGGACUACUAUUCUACUCAUGCUUCUUGCGAUGGUUUAAUUUUAAUGUAUAAUCCAUUUGAAUUUCAUGGUGUUAUUCUAUGGAACCCUUCUACCAAAGAAAUUAUGGAAAUACCAGAACCAAUAUAUUCAGGUAGCAUUGAUCCUUUUGACGAACCCACCAUAAUGGUUACUGUGUCCACCCAAUACGGGUUAGGUUAUAGUCCCAUUCUCGAUGAUUACAAGAUUGUAAAAACAGAAACUUACUUCAAAAAUGACGAAUGGGUUUGUAAUGGUUGUUAUGUUUAUAUAUAUUCAUUAGGAUCGGAUUCGUGGAAAACAAUACCAGGCAUUAUCCCUUAUGACCUUCUUUUAGGUGGCAAGUCUAUUAAACCUGUGAUGUAUAAUGGAGCUUUACACUGGAUAGGAUCUUCAUGCAUCAGCCUUAAACAAGGACGAGAAUUAUCCAUUGCCAUCUCCAUAGUUAUAAUUUCUUUUGAUAUCGAAAACGACACUUUUAAAGAAGUUCCACUUACACCAGAACUACAGGAAUCACUCAGUUAUGACCACACGACCAUCCUCUAUAAUGAUUCUCGUUUGAUUAAAUUUCAAGAAUCCACUGAUAUUUUCUUGGGAACUUUUCAUGGGUAUCUUUCUAUUGUACAAGGUGGUGAUCUUGAUCUAACGAGGAACAACAAUGGUGAUGUUUCGAUUUGGGUAAUGAAGGAAUACGGAGUGAAAGAAUCUUGGACUAAAAUGUUCUCUGUUUCUGUUCAAUCAAUGGAAAGAUCUGUCAAGUGUUCUACUAUGAUGACAAUUAUCGACUUCAGGGAUGGUUUUCUAUAUCUCAAAGAUAAGACUUCGCUGGUUGUAUAUGAUGCUGAGCAUAAAACAUGUAGAGUUGUGUAUUCUGGUGAUCUCUCAAUUGAAGGCCUGUCUUUUGAAGAUACCUACGUAGAGAGCUUAGUGUCGCUUAAUUCGGGAAUGUAUUUGGGUUAA